UCCCAAUCGAGUUCCCAGUCUCCCGGACAUAUUUUUUUUUGUGGCGAUGAAUCCGAGAUGGUAUGGCACACCUGUACGAUCAAUUUAGGAUACCUUCAUUAUUUGGUGUGAAUAUGAGCUUUAUUAUAUUCGUAGAAGAAUUGUCAUGCUCUGAGAAUUGAACUGUUAAAGACAAUUAUGAACCAAGAUAGAAAGACAUAAUCAAAGAUUGAUAAAGAAAAAGGAGAAAUCUUGUAUAAUUUAUAGAAGACAAAAGUGACUAGAUCAUAUAAUGAAUGCAGAAUGCUAAUGUACAGAAGCAGAAGAUGGAAUCAUCAGUACUGCCUUAUACUUGUGUAUAUAUAGAUGCCAAAUGGAAGGAUAUUGGAUACAGUAUUGCCCAAUGUGCCAAAGUUCACAGAGACAAAGACAGGGACAAAACCAUUGGCCAGCUAAAGACCAUGUGGUUAAAUCCGUCCAAUCAAAAUCAUGUUUUACCUUGCCUUUCAGUCAGAACUGGAUUAGACCUGUACCUGAGGGUCAUGAACUAUCCUCCUGGGUCAGAGAUUAUAAUGUCAGCAAUAAACAUACCAGAUAUGGUGUAUAUAGUUAAGCAUCAUGGUUUAAAGAUUAUUCCAUUAGAUGUACACAUAGAGACAACAUCUCCAAAAACCAAUCUUUUAGAGGCUCUUAUAAGUGAUAAAACAGUCGCCAUUUUGAUUGCCCAUUUGUAUGGGAAAUGGUCAGAGAUGGAUGAAAUUAUAAGUACCGCUAGACGAAAAAAUAUACAUGUCAUCGAAGACUGUGCAGAAACAUUUUGUGGUUUUGAAAAAAUCGGCCAUCCCGAAAGUGAUAUAGCACUUUUUAGUUUUGGAGUAAUAAAAUAUUACACAGCAUUUGGUGGUGCCAUCGCAAAAGUCAAAGAUGAAAAUUUGUACAAGAAAAUGUGCGAUUUAAAUUCAAAAUAUCCGAUCCAAUCACAAUUUGUUUAUUUCAAGAAACUGUUCAAAUAUUGUUGUGCUUAUGUUUUACUUGACUGCCCCAGCGUUAUUCAUCCUAUGAUGGUUUUGACGAGAAAAUUUAACAUAGAUCAUAAAAAAUAUGUCAUCAAAAUGUUACGAGGAUUUCCUGAUCAUUUGAUCGAAAAAAUUCGACAUCAGCCAUCUACAGCUCUUUUAAAAACUGUGUUUCAUAGACUUUCAAAUUUUGACCGAAACGAUUUUAGAACAUGCUCUGUAAAAGGGGAAUAUGUAAAAGAGAGACUUCCUGAAAGUGUGACUCUGGUUGGAUCACAGGCAGAAAUCAACAAUUACUGGUUAUUCCCAAUAUUAGUGGAUAAUGCAGAUACCUUUGUCAAUCUAUUACAUGCUAUGGGUAUAGACGCUUAUCGUGGAGCCACACAGGUCAACAUUAUUGAACCAGAAAAGUGGAACCCUUACUUGGAUUAUUUUGCACCAUUGGUCAACUAUUACCCACACGAAGCUCGUUAUCUAAUGGAUCAUGUGGUGUACUUGCCAAUAAAUAAAUCCGUACCAUUCAGUGUUCUUGAUCAGAUCUGCCGAGGGGUGGAAGAGGCUGAAAAAUUGACGAAAAAGAGUGUGAAUGUUAGAAUUCAGUCGAAAUUAUGAUGUUUUUUAUUACUUGUAGAAUAUGAUAAGUCAAUGUUAUGUUAUUUUUACUAAUGUUAAAAUUAGUCAAAAGUAUGAUGUAUUUACAAUGUAAAUUUUAGAUGUACAUGUUUUUACUAUUGUUAAAAUUUAGUAAAAAUAUGAUGUGUUUACUAUCUUAGAUUUUACCCUACAGUACGAUCAUCACUUCAGGUGUUGGUUCUCAGUCAGUUAAAAAUUAUGUUAGAAUUUAGUCAAAGGUAUGGUGUUUUACUAAUGUUAGAAUUGAGUCAAACUUACUAAUGUUAUGAAUGUUGAAAUCAAAUCAAAAGUUAUAUGGUGGUUUUAAAAUUAGUAAUGUUAAAAUUGACUCAAAAUUAUGAUGUUUAUAUUAAGUCAUUUACUAUAAUAUAUUAAUGUACUGAAUUUUAUAUAAUAAAUUGAAAAUUCAGUCAGUACAUGUACUACAAUGUUUAUUUAUAAAUAUUUAAAUGUUUUUAAAAUAUGCUUUUUAAUAUGCUUCAAGGUUGAUUGUCAUUGGACAUGUAAGAUUGGUUGCAUUUCUGUCCAAACCAUUGAAUUUUGUAAACAUUAUUAUGACUAUUAUUAGUCAGUGUACCAAUUCC